UUUGGCUAGCUCACUCGACUCGCCGCCGCUCUGCUCUGCUAUGCUCGCCGUCGACAAUCGACUGACUCAGCAGACCUGAGAUCUCUCGCCGCCGCUAGAAGUCGAAGCCACCUCCACCGCCCCCAGAUGGAGCCUCUCGGCAGUCUCUCGUCCUCACAGCCGACCACUGAUGCCGACUCUCAAAGGGAUAGCUCAGUAGUUCUCGAUGAAGAGGAUGGGCUGCUACAAUUUCAAUGGUUCAAUGGACAACACAUUCGUCUCUGGUCCAAACGGUCUUUAUUCGAUCACUGCCGGUCACGAUGGGAUAUUUCGGCGGAAUCAGCACUAUCCUCGGACGCAUGCAGCCCGAGCCCACACCCUCUGUCCCUGUGCAUCAACAACAACGGAGCAUCGCUGCAGCCGCAGCAGACGGUGGUGCGAGCGAGCCGCUCCCCGCCCUACCUGACCGGUCAAGGUCACGGCGGCCAAGGUCACCUGACCGCUCAAGGUCACGGAGGUCAUCUCGGGGUCACGUCGGCUGCCAAGGUCAAGGCACUCGGCCUCACCUGUGUGGUGUGUGGCGAUACCAGCUCCGGCAAGCACUACGGUAUCCUCGCCUGCAACGGUUGCAGCGGAUUCUUCAAGCGCAGCGUGCGACGGAAACUCAUCUAUCGAUGUCAAGCCGGAACAGGAAACUGCGUUGUAGAUAAAGCACAUAGAAACCAAUGUCAAGCUUGCCGGCUCAAGAAGUGCUUGCACAUGGGAAUGAACAAAGACGCGGUGCAGAACGAGCGGCAACCUCGCAAUACGGCCACCAUUCGACCCGAGUCGCUCGUCGACAUGGACCACGAACGAGCACUACGCGAGGCUGCAGUCGCUGUCGGAGUUUUCGGUCCUCCAGUGUCGGUUGCUCUGGGUCUCCCCCCAGUCCGCUAUCAGACGGCCAUUCCACCUCCCCUCUCCACACCCCCUUCGCCACCAGAAAGCAACAACAACAAUAACAACAAAGAAGAACCGGAUGAUGAAGACAGCAUCGAUGUGACAAACGAGGAGCCACCCCCGCCUCCGACGCCUUGCAGCGUAACAGGGGGUGGGGGUGGAGGUCUGCCGCCUCCGGCCACUCUGCCCUCGGAGCACCACGUGUUGUAUCCGCCCGUACACGAGACCAUCUACGAGACCUCGGCCCGCCUACUCUUCAUGGCCGUCAAGUGGGCCAAAAAUCUGCCAUCUUUUGCAUCGCUACCUUUUCGCGACCAGGUGAUCCUGUUAGAAGAGUGCUGGUCGCAACUAUUCCUGUUGAACGCGAUUCAGUGGUGUUUGCCGCUGGACUCGUCGCCCCUGUUCAGCGUGUCCGAGCACCUGGCGUCGACCCCCAACGGCGGCAACUGCAAGGCCAGUCAGCUGGCAGCCGAUGUCAGGGAGCUCAACGACACGCUACUGCGUUACCGCUCCGUUGGCGUCGAUCCGGCCGAGUUCGCUUGCUUGAAAGCCAUCGUGCUCUUCAGACCAGAGACGAGAGGCCUGAAGGACCCACUGCAAGUGGACAACCUGCAAGAGCAAGCACAAGUGAUGCUAGGCCAGCACACAAGGGGACAACACCCGACACAGUGUGCGCGUUUCGGCCGCCUCCUACUCAUGCUGCCCCUACUGCGUCACGUCCCCACCACCCGGAUAGAGCUCAUCUUCUUUCAACGAACCAUAGGCAACACGCCUAUGGAGAAAGUCCUCUGUGACAUGUAUAAAAACUAGAUGUAUAUAGAACGCGCCAAACACAUUUGCAACAAUCUCAACGAUUUUUAUAUUAUUGUUGUUAAACUAUUCAACUAUUUAUCGUGUAAUGAUAUUGAAUCUUUCGAUCAUCUUGAGCUAUAUAGUGAGAUUG